GAGCGGCGGGCUUACCCCGGAGGGUCGUCCAGGCAGCUGCUGCUGAGGUUGACCAAGGGGAGGUGGCGCAGGCCAUGUGGCCAGCCCUGCGUUACGUGGGCGGCGCCUGCGGUCGGACCCGAAGCUGCUUUGCUGGGGGCUACCUGCUGGCUAGCGGGCCAACGUCCCGGCGGCCUGAGCUACCGUGCGGGGGUGGCCGCAGCUCCAGCACCAGCUCAUUUGAUAUAGUCAUUGUCGGUGGUGGAAUUGUGGGGCUUGCCUCUGCCAGAACACUCAUCCUGAAACAUCCUGGACUUUCAAUUGGUGUGGUGGAAAAGGAGAAAGAUUUAGCUCUUCACCAGACUGGACGGAACAGUGGUGUCAUACAUAGUGGAAUUUACUAUAAACCUGAAUCUCUAAAGGCUAAAUUGUGUGUAGAAGGCGCAGCCCUCAUCUAUGAAUACUGUAACCUUAAAGGAAUUCCCUACAAGCAAUGUGGCAAGCUAAUAGUAGCUGUGGAACAAGAAGAAAUCCCCAGACUUCAGGCCCUGUAUGAGAGAGGCCUGCAAAAUGGAGUCCAAGGCUUGCGACUGAUUCAGCAGGACGGUAUAAAAAAGAAGGAGCCAUAUUGCAGGGGUCUAAUGGCCAUUGAUUGUCCAUAUACUGGCAUUGUGAACUAUCAGCAGGUAGCUUUGUCAUUUGCCCAGGAUUUCCAAGAAGCAGGUGGCUCUAUCUUGAAAGAUUUUGAGGUAAAAGACAUUGAAAUAGCUAAAGAAAGCCCUUCAAGAAGUAAGGAUGGGCUGAAAUAUCCAGUUGCUGUCACGAAUACUAAGGGAGAGGAAAUUCAGUGUCGCUUUGUUGUGACAUGUGCAGGACUUUACUCAGACCGUAUUUCAGAGUUGAGUGGCUGCAACCCUGACCCUCAAAUUGUCCCAUUCCGGGGAGAUUACCUGCUCUUGAAGCCAGAAAAGAGCUACCUUGUAAAGGGAAAUAUUUAUCCGGUCCCGGACAGCCGCAUGCCCUUCCUAGGAGUUCACUUUACACCGAGGUUGGAUGGCAGUAUUUGGCUAGGGCCGAAUGCAGUGCUUGCCUUUAAGCGGGAAGGUUACGGAGCCUUUGACUUCAAUGCCAGAGAUGCUAUGGAAACAAUUCUCAAGAGUGGUUUCAUUAAGCUGGUAUUCCAGAAUUUCUCUUAUGGAGCUAAUGAAAUGUAUAAAGCCUGUUUCCUCAGUGAAACGGUGAAGCAUCUUCAAAAGUUCAUUCCUGAAAUUACAGUCAGCGAUGUACUUCGAGGCCCUGCUGGAGUACGAGCCCAGGCCCUGGACAGAGAUGGAAAUCUGGUAGAUGAUUUUGUGUUUGAUGGAGGAGCUGGGGAAAUUGGAGAUCGCGUUCUUCAUGUGAGAAAUGCACCUUCUCCCGCGGCCACUUCUUCCCUGGCAAUUUCUAGAAUGAUAGCGGAUGAAGUACAGCAACGAUUUAAGUUAUGAAUGAGGAAGGGAGCUGUUUGCAUUAUAUUCCCAACAUCAGCAACAAGGCUCCACCAGUUGCAUUUUAAAAUUAUAAUUUAAGAAAAUGAUUUUUAAAUCAUACUUUUUAUGCUAAAAUAAAU